AAUUGUUGUGAUAAACUUAUUAAAUAGAUAUGAGUGGAAGAUCGAGAAAUGUUCCGAGAGAAUUUCGUAAAAAGGUAAAAAGCAGAUCCAGAUCAUGUGAUAGCUCUCGAAGCAGGCACUAUGAUAACUGCGUGGAAGCGAGUUCACUCAAAUACCAAAUGCGGCAGCAGCAAUAUCCAAAGGUUUCUGGAUCCUCGAGGAGUUACAAGUACAGUUCACCGAAGCGAUCAAUGAAAAGGCCACAUUAUCGCCAAGAGGAUAGCAUCAGCAUACAGAGAAAACAGCGAAAAAUUUCGAGAACUACCUCAACCUGUCGACAGCAGUCUAAUAAUUACGCAUACGAGGCGGAGAAGGAGGGCAAAAAGGGACGAAGAUCGAACUACCCUGUGCUAACCACUAACACGGCCAAGCAGCGAAGUUGCAGUAGUCCUCGGCGGACUAAUUCGCAGUAUCAGCAGCAUCAACGCAGACGGAAGCCUCGCAGGCACUCCGAGUCGUCUUACUCGAACUCUCGUUCCAGCAGCGACGAUGGAUACAGAAGCUUAGAAGUCGCCAAGCCCCCAAAAUGCGACGAAGAAGGUCACCUGGUCUAUAAGAAAGGAGACUUGAUUCAAGGCAGAUAUGAGCUUCUUUCUACGCUUGGUGAAGGCGCGUUUGGAAGAGUGAUCAAAUGCGCGGAUCAUGACCGGAAUGGUCGCCGAAUAGCUCUGAAAGUAAUAAAAAAUGUGCAGAAGUACAGAGAAGAGGCGAAGUUAGAGAUCAAAGUGCUGGAGACGAUCAUAGACAAGGACCGAAAGUUCAAAUCCGGCUGCAUCUACCUCUUGGACUGGUUCAACCUGCACGGCUUCAUGUGCCUAGCUUUCGAUCUCCUUGGAAAGAGCAUAUACGAUUUCCUGAAGGACAACAAUUAUUACCCAUUUCCAAUGAAACACAUUCGCAAGAUAGCACAACAGCUAGGAAGCGCCGUGAAGUUCUUGCACGAUCAUGGUAUGACUCACACAGACUUGAAGCCGGAGAAUAUUCUUUUCAUUGAUAGCAGUUACGAGAUUAUGUGGAAUGUAGACAGACACAGAGAAGAGCGAAUUCUGCGCUGCUGUGAAAUUAAGUUGAUAGACUUUGGAUCCACCACUUUCGACGACGAGCACCACACAAAAAUUGUACAGACGAGGCACUACAGAGCACCAGAGGUGAUUCUGGAACUAGGAUGGUCCCAGUCAUGUGACGUGUGGAGCAUAGGAUGUAUUCUAUUUGAACUAUACACCGGUGAAACAAUGUUCCUCACGCACGACAACCACGAGCACCUAGCCAUGAUGACAUACAUUCUUGGUCGAAUCCCGUCCUCCAUGAUUAAGAAGUCAAAGAAGACCAAAUACUUUUACCAUGGUCGGCUCAACUGGGAUUUCGAUGAGCGCAACUCCAGCAACAAGUACAUCAAACAGCACUGCAAACCCCUAUCCAGAUGUUUGAAGCACAGAAAUGAAGAAGAUGAAUUGCUGCUAGUAUUACUCUGGGAUUGUCUUGCAUAUGAUCCAGAAAACAGACUGAGCAUGAGCCAAUACCUCAAACACGAGUACCUCCGAUAUGAUUCUCCUCCAAACACAGUCAAUGGCAGCAGCAGUUCCGCUCACAACGGCACCUCCAGUAAAUCCAAGGCAGUCAGUAAUAAGAGUUCAGGUAAUACUUCUGCUCGUCGUGAGAGAAGCUCCUCAAAAAGCAGACACAGGACGGCGAAGCGAAAUCAAUCACUGCAGACACCCGACUCCUCAAAAGAUAAACAUUCGGAAGAAUCGAUCUCACCCAAUGAUCGAAAAGAGAGCCGUAGAUCCGAGACGAGAAGUAGCACUAAUCACAGUUAAAGUUGAUGAUCCUGUAUUUGAACCUUACGAAGAAUACAAUUCGUCGAUGUCUCAGCAUCGCGUUAAAGAAUGCAUAGAACUUAAGCAUCGACUUACUCACUUGCUAGUAAUAUUUUUUGAACGCUACUCAAAUAGACCCAACAGGAACUGAACUGUUUUGUGAGACAAGUUUUAAAUAUAAUUAUUGUUCUUAUGUAUUCUAGUGUUAGUUUUUACGAGUUGUUUUGAACGAUUUUUUUGCUUACCCAGAUACAGCAAAGAGAUAACGCUGUAAAAGAGUCAAAAUUUAAU